AAGUGCAAAAUGUGUGUUGCAAAUCGUGUCCCGUUUUAAUUUCGAGAAAUCAGCAAAUAUGUGAGAGUUUCAGGCCUCUAAAUUUCAGCGAGCGGCUUUUCGGUAGUGUUUGAUAAGACAACAGCUUUACGGACAAACUUUCAUAACUUUCAGUUCAGUAAAAAAAGCAGCCCUUUAUGCCAAAUCAUAAUGGCAUCAAUCGAAGCAUUGAAAUCGCUUAUCAAAGACAGCGUGGCGUGUAAAGCGCAGCAACAAACGACUUCGGUAACGGUGCAAACACUGCCGCCAAUGUGUAGUGUUUGUCUCACGGAGCAGGAUGCCGCGGUGCUUAAUGCAGCCGGAUACGAUCUUGAGCGUGUAGUCAGGCAGCAUUUGCUGCUGGAAAGAACAGAUUUUACACUCAAAGCCAUCUGCCAACGAUGUCGCGAUGCACUGGAGACAUUUCACGAGUUUUUCACCAUGGUUACCGAAGCUCAUCGGGCACUGCUGGAGAAACUAGUGGGAGCUGCGGAGGAACCGAAGGGUAUCAUCAUCGAAUCCGAUACACCAGAACUCGGUGAGGAAGACAAUGUGUUACCCUCGACCGAAUUCAUUGCCAUCAAGCCAGAGCCGAUGGAAGUGUUUGAAGAACCGCGGGAGGACAAGGAUUUGGAGCUUCCACAGGUGGAAGAGGGUUCUGGAGAAUCCUCAGGUGAUGCCGCUGCUUGUUCCAUCGGCCAAAAGGAACCGAUAGAGGUCAAAGAACCCGCCAAGACGCGUACAACCGUUCGAAAAAGCGCCCGUAAUCGGCAACCACUGGCGAAAACGGUGAUCAGUAAGACGACCAUCGACCAAGAGUUGCUGGAGUUUUACAAGCGGCUGGUGUGUGAAAUAUGUGAUCUUGACCAAAUGGCCACCGGAGAGCCACCGGUUGAGUAUGACAAUUUGAAGGAGUUGAACCGGCACAUGCGAAGGGCGCACGGACAAGGCGAGGGCAGCGUAAAGUGUCCGCUGUGUGAGAAAAAGUUCCGAUCGAGAGGGAAGCUACUGGCACACAAGGAUAUGCACCUCAACCCGGACCAGUACCGGUGCAAGGUGUGUGAGGAGGUGCACCAGAACAUCGAGGAGCACAUGCAGAACAAACACCAGGAGCGCACGUUCUGUUGCGAGGUCUGCGGGAAACGGUUCCCAUUCCAGACGCGACUCAAUGCGCACGUUCGCAAGAUGCACACCGCCAAGGACAUCAUCUGUGAGCAGUGCAACAAGGCCUUCAGCAAAUACACCAUCGAAGACCACAAACGGGCCGUGCACGGUAAUGGGUUCAUAUGUGAGCAUUGUCCGCGCAGCUUCAAAAGCCGGUUCCAGCUGGAAAACCACAUGGAAGAGCAUAGGGUCGAGGAGAGCGGAGUGCGACCGGCAAAGGCAACUUGCACCGUCUGUGGCAUCGUGGUGCGGAACAAGUACAAUCUCACGACGCACAUGAAGCGGAUGCACACGGAACAGAAGCCGGCUCGGUGUGAGUCGUGCGGAAAGGUGUUCAAAUCGAAGCACAACCUUGACGCACACCGGGCAAACGUGUGCACGGAUCGUAGCUUCCCUUGCACGAUCUGUAGCAAGCGGUUCAAGAAGAAGAUCAAGCUGAAGGAACAUAUGACGACACACACGCGGAGCGCCCUGUACCAGUGCCCGUACUGUCCGAUGAGGUUCAGCUUCGAAACGCAGCUCUACACCCAUCGUAAGCAGGCACACUACGAGCAGUGGCUGGAGCUACAGCGCAAGCGGAAGGAAGGUGAACGUUUCCGGGUGAAUCGGGUAACGGAUUGAACGCGGUCGUUGGAUUUAGGGUAAAUUGUAAAGGUAAAUAAAUCUGGGAUAUGAAAUUC